AGGCCGGUAACAUCAACAGUGAGGACAAACCCAGCUUGCCUCUCUCCUUCCACACUGAGUCCAAACCUACAGUCACUGGGUCCUGAUUGUGACAGUGGAGCCCAGUUUGCACUGCAGGAUUCAGAAAUGGCAUCAGUGAAGCUGGAAGACUGCAGUCAAACGCUGGAGCUGAAUGUCAACAUUAAAGCGGAAGAAGAGGAGGAGAAGAUUGGGAAGUAUGUUUCUCAUGGACGACUAGAAUUAAGUCCGAUGCCGAGGCCGGUAACAUCAAUAGUGAGGACAAACCCAGCCUGCCUCUCUCAUUCCACACUAUGUCCAAACCUACAGUCACUGGGUCCUGAUUGUGACAGUGGAGCCCAGUUUGCACUGCAGGAUUCAGAAAUGGCAUCAGUGAAGCUGGAAGACUGCAGUCAAACACUGGAGCUGAAUGUCAUCAUUAAAGAUGAAGAAGAGGAGGAGAAGAUUGGGAAAUCUGUUUCUCAUGGUAUGAGGCCGGUAACAUCAACAGAGAGGACAAACCCAGCCUGCCUCUCUCCUUCCACACUGAGUCCAAACCUACAGUCACUGGGUCCUGAUUGUGACAGUGGAGCCCAGUUUGCACUGCAGGAUCCAGAGAUGGCAUCAGUGAAGCUGGAGGACUGCAGUCAAACACUGGAGCUAAAUGCCAACAUUAAAGAUGAAGAAGGGGAGGAGAAGAUUGGGAAAUCUGUUAAUCAUGGACGACUAGAAUUAAGUCUGUUAACAUCCGUGAAGCUGGAAGACUGCAGUCAAACACUGGAGCUGAAUGUUGACAUUAAAGAUGAAGAAGAGGAGGAGAAGAUUGGGAAGUCUGUUAGUCAUGGAGACCAUGUUGAGACAUUCUCUACAUCCAGAGAUCAACAGCAGGAAGAUCACAGAGCCAAGAGGUCUCACCACUGCCCACAUUGUGAGGAGAUCUUCCCAUUACUAUCAAAGCUAAAAAUACACACAAAGAUACACACAGGAGAGAAUCUGUAUUCCUUCACUGACUCUGGGAAAAGAUGCACAACAUCAGUGGCUCUGACAGUUCAUCAGAGAGCACACACAGGAGAGAAGCCUUACUCCUGCUCUGACUGCGGGAAGACUUUCUCUCAAUUGGCUUUCUUAAAAAAACAUGAACAUAUGCAUACAGGAGAGAAGCCUUACUCCUGCUCUGACUGUGGGGUGAGUUUCUCUCGACUCGAUGCCUUACAAACACACCAACGUAUACAUACAGGAGAGAAGCCUUACUCCUGCUCUGACUGUGGAAAUAUGUUCUCUCAACUGGGCCACUUGAAAAGACAUAAACAUAUACAUACAGGAGUGAAGCCUUAUUCCUGCUCUGACUGUGUAAAAUGCUACUCAACAUCAACUCAGCUAAAAGUUCAUCAGAGAACACACACAGGAGAGAAGCCUUACUCCUGCACUGACUGUGGGAAGACUUUCUCUCAGUUGGCUUUCUUAAAAAUACAUGAACGUAUACAUACAGGAGUGAAGCCUUACUCCUGCUCUGACUGUGGAAAUAUUUUCUCUCAACUGGCCCACUUGAAAAGACAUGAACAUGUACAUACAGGAGUGAAGCCUUACUCCUGCUCUGGCUGUGUAAAAUGCUUCAUAACAUCAACUGAACUAAAAGUUCAUCAGAGAACACACACUGGAGAGAAGCCUUACUCCUGCCCUGACUGCGGGAAGAGGUUCUCUCGAAUAGGUCUCUUAAAAACACAUGAAUGUGUACAUAGAGGAGAGGAGCCUUACCACUGACCUGACUAGAACAUGUUUUAAAACAACAGCUGAGCUAAAAGGUCAAGAGGGAACCUUACUUUUGCUCUUAAUGUGGCAAGAGUAACUCAAGUGAUAGUCACCAAGUAAAAUACUACUUGAGGAAAAGUAUUUGGUUCUAAAUAUACUUAAGUAUCAAAAGUAAAAGUAUGCAUAAUUUCCAAUUCCUUAAAUUACCCCUACGAGAUGGGUGUCCCUAAA